AUUUUAUAUUUAAACUUACGUGCUUUAUUUUCGGUUGUUUUACCAGUCCCCUUUGUGGAAAGUUUCUUCUUUUUUUUAGCUGAAAUUAUUAGAAGUAUUGUAUUUUAUAAUAGCAUAGAUUAAUAUAAAUUCGUACAGAACAGACAACGAUUAAAUUGGUAGCAUUAACGCAUACAAAAUUAGCUGCACGCCAUGGAACUUGUGAAUGAAGAUGCACAGCCGCCACUUGUGCUGGACAGUGAGGAGGCUGAGGAGGAGCAAUGCAAUAGCGACAACAAUCUAGGGGAAUUCAGGAUACGUUUGAAUGGACAACAGGACUUGGAACAGCGUCUGCUUGAGUUCAAGGCUGCCUGCGACGCGCAUGAAAAGCAUGCACGUAAGCGUCGCCAUCGUCGCUACUAUCAUAUGGGGCUAGUGGCUAAAAUCGUAAUGGAAACAACACCAGAAGAGUUACGACGAAUGCUGGAGAACGGCGUCUUCACAUUUCACGUGGAUGCGGUGGCUAAUAAACCAGAUGAACUUAAUACCAUUCUAGAUACUCUACACAUUGCGAUUUCUUCCUUUGAAGCGGAGCGAGAGCUACGCGUGGUCACCGCACUGGCUUUGGAGAUCAAUGGCGAAUGCUGUCGCGUGGGCAGAUUACGGAACAAUUGCACGGUUUUGAUGGCACGCGGCUCUGUCGUCACAUUGACCACGAAUGAAGCCUAUCGCUAUAGCGGCUUCAAGGAGAUUCUCUUCGUGAUUAAUCUACAGUACUAUCUCAGUUCCAUCAAGUUGGGUGAUAUGCUAAUAAUUGGACGCGACGUGCGCUGUCGUGUGGUGAAAACUUUACGAGAAGCGGUGGCUGUGCUCAUAAUUGAUGCAGGCCUCUUGGCCUCUUAUGAUUUCAUUGAGUUGCCUCAGCAAUGCCAUCGCUUAAGUCCCGACAUCUACCCGGAACUAUUCAUGAAGGACUUGCAAAUCGCAGUCGAUUACAAGGCCAAUUAUGUGGUGUUGCCCAAAAUACGGUGCAAGGCAUUCCUACGAGCCGUACGCCAAUCUCUGCGUGAGGAGUACGACAUGAAGCUGAUUGGCAUGGUGGAUUUCGAGUAUGUACGCUGCAAUAUGCUCGAUCUCUUGGGCAUCAUCAAGCUGCUCGACUAUUUGUGGAUACCCGAUAUGUUCAAUGUGAAUUGCUGUGUCUAUAAUUAUAUUAUGGACGACGUGCUGCCAAUAUCGCGGUGCCAGAAGGUGCCGGUAAUUGGCACUGUGCCUCUAGAGCGCUGCAGCGACUUCAAGCGAUUCGAAUUGCACGAAUUCCUCUGGAAGAUCGAUUCGAUACACAUACAGAAGAGUCCUUGGUGUAACAAGUAUCCGUUGAUAGUGAAAAAAUUGAUGCCAGUACGCGACUACCGUGUAGGCAUGGUCCAGACGAAGGCACUAGUCAAAAACAUAAUGACAUCGUUUCAAACGGUUGUCAACUUCAUUAUUCGCACAAUCAGCUCAAUCGAAUGCCAAGCUAUUUUCCUGUAUACCACCUGUGAAAAUGCCGCCGUCGCGCUGUCUAGAACAGAAAUCUAUUGCCCAGUCUAUGUGAUGAUGCCGCUUAAUGACGAUGAUGACCGGCCGACCAUAUUGUGCAAGUUCAAUUUGGCCCGUGCUCUGCAUCUACGCCGCAAUAUGCAUCCAGUGAUGUAUGCCAAGGAGCUAAACGAAUGCGAGUACAGUCCAAUAGAAUUUGGCGUCGAUUACAUGCGUCGCAAGGGCUGCUUGGAAGUGGGGGACUUUGUGAUUACCCUAGAGGUGGCCAAGGAAAACGAGGAGAACGUGGUGCUUGGUGUGGGCGAGGAUGUCUGCAUAUUGCGUGCGUUCUACGUGGCGCCACUUUUGGCUUGUGAGAAAUUCAAGUACGGCACAUAAGGCGUGCAGCUGUACUGACAUCAACAGAGUAAUUGCCUAGCACUAAAUUAAACGUAUGAAAGCUA